GCAGUAAGAUUUAGCAAAUUUUGGCUACCCAUUUUAUGUGGCUUUUUAACUACGUACUUUACAUGGAUGUGUGUUUAUUUGGAUUCAAGUGUACCAGGCGUAAAUCCGCCCAGUCCAUUAUCGCCUCAGAAAAUAAGUAAAUUAAAGCACCAUGUCGAAACGGGAAAUCAUUAAUGAAGUUGUAUUUAAUGAAACAUUUUACCAAGCAUUUGAUGAAAAUGUAAAGCCAGUCCUUUUAGAUGGUAUAUUAGAGAAAGUCACUGAUACUAAAGAUGAUUUGGAAAAGAAACAAACAAACUGGAGCAGUAAGAAUAAUUUGUCUUGUUCUUAUUGUCAAACAGAUUUUUCAAAUGUGCAACAACAAAGAGAACACUAUCGAUUAGAUUGGCAUAGGUAUAAUCUAAAGCAAUCAAUUCAGUCAAGAGCUCCAGUUUCUGAAGAAGAAUUUUUGAAUAAAACAGAAAACGAUGAUGUGUCAAGUAUAUCUGGAUCAGACACUGAAGAAGAGGACAGUUUAGAUACGUAUGCUACUGCUCAAGGAAAAAUAUUCUUGCAAAAUAAAAAGGGACAGGUUUUUUCACUUUAUCGAGGACUGUUUCUUGAUAAAAAGGGGGAACUUAGCAAUGUAGAUUUUUAUAAACAGUAUAUCCAGAACUGCGCUGAUAAUAAGAAGUGGGCAGUGUUAAUGUUAGGAGGAGGUCAUUUCGCUGGGGCUAUAUUCGAUUAUUUGACUCCGGUGGUUCAUAAGACUUUUCAUUGUUACACUGUCCGGGCUGGACAGGGAGGAUCGCAGUCGUCCAGAGAUAGUAAAUCGGGUGGUUCCCAUCCAAAGAGCGCGGGAGCUUCUUUGAGAAGAUAUAAUGAGCAAGCAUUAGUAGAUCAUGUUCGAAGUAUAAUGGAACUAUGGACUGAAGAAAUAAAGAACUGCAGUCUUAUAUUCUAUAGAGCUUCGGGCCCUUACAAUCGGUCAGUUCUCUUUGGAGGAAAAGAUCCAAUACUGGAUCGAAAUGAUCCUAGGCUUAGAACUAUACCAUUUUCAACAGGAAGGGCCACAUUUAAGGAAGUUAAAAGGGUGCAUCUGGAACUGGUCUCAGGCGUUAUAUAUGAAACACUGGAUGAAGCAGCUUCUUUAUUUGCUAAACAAAGAUCGCCAGAGAAGGAAACCAAACGAAAUAAGGUUCGCUCAAGUUGUAUAAAUCGCGCAAAAUCGCGAGAAAUAAUCCAGAGGCCCUUACCAGGAGAUACAGGGAAUAGCAGCUCGGAGGAAAAUAUUUCUAAUGUAAACUAUGCCAGACUAGAAUCAGAAAAUUUGGAGGAUGCUGGUGAAAACGAUAAUCUUGUAUCUGAUGUUUUAGAAGUGUCUUUUGAUGAUUUGAAGGAAUAUGCAGAUAGUCUAACCCCGGAGGAAAGAAGAAAUCAUCAAAACAAAAGAAAACCUAAGAAAAGUAAAAACCAAAAACUUCGGGAGAAAGAAGAGGCGAGGAAAAAGAACUUGGUAGAUAUUUUGACUAAAGGGAAUGUGAUAUUAAUGAAGGAGCUUUUUGAAGAACGUUUAAAAACAUUCCAAGAUAUUCCAAAUAUGCCAGAGUCAGAUCUAGCAAAGGAGUUUUUCAAUAGUGAAGUUCUAGAUGAUAAAGGAAAUGGAUUCUUACAUAUUGCAGCUUUGAACGAGCACGACGAAAUGAUACAAUAUCUCUUAGAAAAUAACGCUGAUCCUUGUGCAAAGAAUAAAAAUCAACAAACCCCUUAUAGUUGUACAAAAAGUAAAACUGUUAGAGAAGUAUUUCGGAAAUUUGCAAAAGAGAACCCAGAUAAAUAUGAUUACAAUAAGGCUCAGAUACCGUUAAAUGUCUUAACCGAUCAAGAAAUCGCGGAAAAGAAGAAAGCUCAAAGAAAAGUAAAAAAAGACAAAGAAAAGGAAAAGAAAAAAGAAAACUACAUUAAACAAAAAGAGUACGAAGAAACAAAUAGAUUUUUAAAUCUGAGUGAUAGAGAAAAGAGGGCGCUGGCCGCAGAAAGAAGAAUUUUAAAUGCUCACGGAAAAGUAAUAUCACGAUGCUUUUUGUGUGGAUCCGAUAUGGCUGGACGAACCCCAUUUGAGUAUUUAGAAAACAGGUUUUGUUCAAUUGAAUGUUUAAAAAGUCAUAGAUUGAAAAUACAUUAACGGAAAUAAAUUUAUUUGUAAUAAUA